CAACAAAGAACCGACGCCGACGUAGUAGCCGCAGCAGUCAUAUAUAUAGGCAUCUCGCUCUAGCUCUGGUCAUUCGACAAACGUGUUCGAGAAGUGCCGCAUCAAAAAUUUAAGCAAAGUUAAAAGUUAAAUGAGUAGAUAAAUUAUAAUUGAAAAUAUCAAAAAUGGCAGUGUGUAAAAAUAUAUUUUCGCAAUGCGCGUGUGUGUAUAAUAAAAGAAAAAAGCGCAGCCAUUUGCAAUGUAGAGUUGCGUCUUCCAUGCAUAAUGCAGGGCUGCAUCUGACCAUUGUGAUAAGCAGAAAAGAUACGCAUUUAAAUUGCUGAAAAUAUGUCUCAAACAUGAAUGAAGGUAAUUCAGCAGGAGGGGGGCAUGAAGGGCUAAGCCCGGCCCCUCCUGCUGUGUCAGACCGUGUAACGUUACAAUCAACGGAAAAAUCAGUUACAACGCCAAAAUCAACAACAGCCACCACAGCUCACAACAGCAAUAAAUUAACAGCGGCAGCAACAACGCAUCAACUGAAAGCCACCAAACACCAACAACAACAACAGCAGCAGCUGCUCAGUGCGCAGCUGCCUGUGCCGCUGUCGAACUUAUCGACAGAGGCAGCGGCAGCAGCAGCAGCAACGCCAGCAGCAGCUUCCUCCACAUACUCAGGUCUAUCAACAACAGAAGUCCCCCCAACUGAUUCAAUAUCGCCACCGCAAGCCAAGCGUCAGCGAUUAGAAGCAGGAGGAGGCGAUACCAGCAACAAUAAUAGCAAUAUUGUCGGCGCUAUUAGUAGUAACAUAGUUGGCUCAUUGCUGCCGGCGUCUGUUGUGGCCAGCAGCGAAUUUGGCGGCGCUAAUUCAUCCGCGUUGCAAGACUUGAAUGCGCUCAGGAAGCGCAUACUCCAACAAAAGUAUCAAAUUUUGCGUAAUCUUAAGGAAAGACAUCUUGAAAAUGUGUCCGAAUACUUUUAUUUACAAAACGGUGGCAGUAUGAUGGACUACCCCGCGUGGCGUAAGAAGACACCAACACCGCAGUUCAUCAGCUAUAGCAAUGCGAAUCGUAUCGAGCAGCUGAUACUCGAGGAGAAGCCAACUACAUCCGCCGCCGCAGCAGCAGCCGCUGUGGCCCAAACACAUAGAACAACACAACAGCAGCCAACAGAAUCGAUCGUUAGCAGCAACAGUCCUGCUGCAACUACGACUACUACAGGGACUACGGGCUUACAGUUGGAUGCGGAUAACAGCACAGUGAAAACGAAUACGCAAUCUCAAUUGCCAACAAAGCUUGGCAGCAACACAACUGCAGCAGCAGCAACAGCCUCAAGUCCAAGCAGAAGUGGCCCAACAACGACUACAACAACAGCAGCAACAACAGCAACAGGACUAGCUUCCACAACCAGCAGUUUAGUGGAAUCGAGUGGGAAUGCAUUGCCACCGGAGGCGGAAAUAAAAAUACCAUCAGUUGGUGCAACACCAGUUGCCGUCUCCACGAAGCUACCCGCCGCCGUGGUACAGUUGUCGCAGCAAGGUGGCACUCCGUUGGUGCCCUGCAGUAGCUCCGUGGGUUCAACGGCGCAACGUCGCCCAAACUCACAGUCAAAUGCAACGGGAGCUGCGACUGGAGUAUCAGGAACAACAGCAGCGGCUGGAGGAGCAAGUGCAGCGACACCAACGCCCCUGUACACUGGCGCUGGCGGUUCCAAUGGAGCAGCUGCUAGUGGUUCCUUGACGCCAUGCACACCUGGCGGUGGCAGUGGCAAUCUUUUAAGUCCACUUGCGGCAGGAGGCACUGGGACGCCAAACAGUGCGCAGGAGUUUUCGUUUAAGGCGAAACAGGAGGUUUACGUGAUGCAGCGUAUAUCCGAACUACAGCGAGAGGGAUUAUGGACUGAGCGGCGUUUGCCCAAGCUGCAAGAACCCAGUCGCCCUAAGGCGCACUGGGACUAUCUUUUGGAGGAGAUGGUCUGGCUGGCCGCUGAUUUUGCGCAGGAGCGUAAAUGGAAAAAGAAUGCGGCCAAGAAAUGUGCCAAAAUGGUGCAAAAAUAUUUCCAGGACAAGGCCAAUGCGGCACAGCGAGCAGAGAAGGCCCAGGAGCUCCAUCUAAAGCGAGUGGCUUCCUUCAUAGCUCGCGAAGUGAAGAGCUUCUGGUCGAAUGUGGAAAAACUGGUCGAGUACAAGCACCAAACAAAAAUCGAAGAGAAACGAAAACAAGCGCUUGAUCAACAUCUCAGCUUUAUUGUCGAUCAGACCGAAAAGUUCUCCCAGCAGCUGGCCGAGGGCAUGAACAAAAAUGUGCCGGAAACGCCAAGCUUAACCUCCAGUCGCCUCACUUCACCAAAGCGCGAAUCAGAUGAUGAGUUUCGACCAGAGUCUGGAUCGGAGGACGAUGAGGAGACAAUUGCCAAGGCCGAGGAGGAGGCAGCCGAUGUAAAUGAGGAAGUCAAGGCAUUGGCAAAAGAAUCUCAAAUGGACUUUGAUGAUUUCCUCAAUGAUUUGCCGCCAGGCUAUUUAGAAAAUCGUGAUAAGCUGCUGCUGGAAGAGCAGAGCUCAACGAAUGUCGUUGCAUCCGCUGCUGAUCCUGAUGAAAGUGAUGAUAGUGAGUUCGAGGCGAAGGAAGCCAGCGAUGAUGAUGAGAAUACAAUAAGCAAGCAGGAGGAAGCCGAACAGGAAAUUGAUCAUCAAAAGGAGAUCGAUGAACUGGAGGCGGAUAAUGACUUGUCCGUUGAACAGCUGCUAGAGAAAUAUAAAUCAGGCAAAGUUGAGGAUCCACCCAGCGCUAAACGUCGUAAAAUGGCUGUGGAGACCUCAGAACAAGACUCGGAUGAUGAUUCGACUGCGAUCGAAGACUCAACAGAUGGCAGCGAAGUGGAAGCCAGUGAUGAAGAAGAUGAAGAUCUCUCAACCAUCAAAACAGAUACCGAUAUGGAAGACACUGAGCAGGAUGGUCUCAAGAGUUUGCUAACUGACGCGGAUGGUGAAGGCGCUGGAAACCGUACUGCAGCUGCUGGCAGCAAGGAUAACAAGGAUGACAUGCUCAACGAUGCUGCAGCGCUUGCCGAAAGUCUCCAGCCCAAGGGCAACACACUAUCCUCAACGAAUGUCGUCACACCGGUGCCAUUCCUGCUAAAGCAUACGUUGCGCGAAUAUCAGCACAUUGGACUCGACUGGUUGGUCACCAUGAACGAGCGCAAACUCAACGGUAUCCUAGCGGAUGAGAUGGGUCUGGGCAAGACGAUACAAACAAUAGCUCUACUGGCGCAUUUGGCCUGCGCCAGGGGCAAUUGGGGACCACAUCUAAUUGUUGUGCCCUCGUCUGUGAUGCUUAACUGGGAAAUGGAGUUCAAGAAAUGGUGUCCCGGCUUCAAAAUACUCACCUAUUAUGGAACGCAAAAAGAACGCAAGCUUAAGCGUGUGGGCUGGACAAAACCGAAUGCUUUUCAUGUCUGCAUUACAUCCUACAAGCUGGUGGUACAGGAUCAACAAAGUUUCCGGCGCAAAAAGUGGAAAUAUCUCAUAUUAGACGAGGCCCAAAAUAUUAAGAACUUCAAGUCACAGCGUUGGCAGUUGCUACUCAACUUCUCCACCGAAAGACGCCUGUUAUUAACUGGCACUCCGCUGCAGAAUGAUCUAAUGGAACUGUGGUCACUAAUGCACUUUCUUAUGCCGUAUGUGUUCUCGUCGCAUCGAGAGUUCAAGGAAUGGUUCUCCAAUCCAAUGACUGGAAUGAUCGAAGGCAACAUGGAGUACAACGAAACAUUGAUUACUCGAUUGCAUAAGGUCAUUCGUCCUUUUCUGUUGCGUCGACUUAAAAAGGAGGUGGAAAAGCAAAUGCCAAAGAAAUACGAACAUGUUGUUAUGUGCCGUUUGUCCAAUCGCCAACGCUAUCUGUAUGAAGAUUUCAUGAGCCGUUCCAAAACCCGCGAAACACUGCAAACUGGAAACUUGCUGAGUGUGAUCAACGUACUGAUGCAAUUGCGGAAGGUGUGCAAUCAUCCGAAUAUGUUUGAAGUGCGUCCUACGAUAUCUCCGUUUCAAAUGGAGGGCAUUGCAUUCCACACGCCGCGUCUAGUCAGCGACAUCUUGGAGUAUGAUCCGUUCACGCAAAUCAAUUUGAACACUGUCAACAUGUUGCUGCUGCAUCUGGAGCAAACGCUGACGGCCUACGUAUCGCACAAGUCACGUCUGCUAGCUCCUCCCCGUAAGCUGAUUGAGGAAAUUGACAGUGCACCACAACCACCUCCACGUUGUCCAAAUGGCAAAUAUCGAUUUCACAUACGAGUAAAGAGUGCUGAACUCGCGCAGCGCAUCAAGUUGCAGGCAGUGCGUGUAGGCGCAAGUCCUGCCAUGCGGUUGGAGGGCACAAAAAUUGUACCCAUGCGUAGCUUGUUGCCCAGCGGGCGGGUGUUGAAACGUGUCAGUGGUACCAUCAAUCCCAUCAAUAUGGCACUGAAGCCGGUGAUAAUCAAUAGCUUGAUGACAACGACAACGACGACGUCGUCAACAACAGCUGGAAGCAGCACUGCGAUUAAUGUGUUGGGAAAUAGCUCGAAACUGUUGAGCACACGUUCGCCCAUAAGUGCUCCAACGCCCGCAAAGGUUGCCAAGACAAUGCAGGAUGGAAAGCCGUUUUUCUACCUAACGCCGGCUACAAGUGCCGGAGGAACGGGAGCGCGUCUUACGUUGACCAGCAAAACAACCGCAUCAACUACAGCAUUAAUUCCAGGCACAACAACAACAACAACGAGUAGCAACUCAGCAGCGCAGAUGCAGCAAAUUGGCAAGGAUCCCAUUGUUAAAGAUCUGGCCACGCAUGUCAAAUUGACAGUGCAACGGCAAACUAAUGGCAAGUCCCAGGGGGAAUCUCCAACGCCCGAGGAUGCGGAUGAUCCUUAUCGAGUGCAACAGCUCAUCCAGAUGCGUAAGGAGCAACGUUUGGCCUCCCUUAAACGUAUGGCUGCCAUCAAUCGUCGUCGCACCGAUGCCACGCCCAUUUAUGGUGCCGAUUGCCGUGAAGCCAUUGAGCAUUGCAUGCAGGCGACGCGGACAUUGAAGCAUUCCACGUGGCAAACGAGAGGCUAUGCCAAUUGCACCAUUGCCAUGCGUCAGCAUACGGACAACUGGUCACUCAAUCUGCUGUUGAAGAACUUUGAGCAACGUUGUGCGGAACUGGCUCCAAUUUUUGCCAAUUUUGUGAUUUUUGUGCCGUCGGUUUGUGCGCCGCGAAUUCGUCGCUAUGUCCAGAAUUUAUCAUCGACGCAUUGGCAAAGCGAGCGGCAGAUUGAGGAGACGAUAACGAGUUCGCUGUCGCCAAAGCUGACCAUGCUGCAUCCCAUAAUCUCGGCGAUGAGAACACAAUUUCCUGAUCCGCGUCUUAUUCAAUAUGAUUGCGGAAAACUGCAAACAUUGGAUCGCCUGCUAAGGCAACUAAAGGCCGAGGGACAUCGUGUUUUAAUAUUUACGCAAAUGACUAAAAUGUUAGAUGUAUUGGAGGCUUUCUUGAACUAUCAUGGACACAUUUACCUGCGAUUAGACGGUUCCACACGCGUUGAACAGCGUCAGAUGCACAUGGAGCGUUUCAAUGGUGACAAACGAAUAUUUUGUUUCAUUUUGUCCACACGUUCGGGAGGUGUUGGCAUCAAUUUAACGGGUGCCGAUACUGUGAUCUUUUAUGACUCGGACUGGAAUCCCACAAUGGAUGCCCAAGCGCAAGAUCGUUGCCAUCGCAUAGGACAAACUCGUGAUGUACACAUUUAUCGCUUGGUGUCGGAGAAAACCAUCGAGGUGAACAUUCUAAAGAAGGCCAACCAGAAACGUAUGCUUAGUGACAUGGCCAUCGAGGGUGGAAACUUUACGACCACAUUCUUCAAAAGUUCCACCAUCAAAGAUCUUUUUACGAUGGACCAAGCUCAGGAGCAGGAGGAUAGCCAAGAAAAGCCCGAGGAGAAAGACAAGAUAAUCGCUGCUGAAGUUGAGCCAGUUUUUGAAACGGAGAAGCAAUCUCUACGAGCAUAUGAGCAUGCUCUUGCUGCUGCAGAGGACGAACAGGAUGUGCAAGCCACAAAGACGGCCAAGGCUGAGGCAGCUGCCGAUUUGGCCGAGUUUGACGAGAACAUACCCAUUGCGGAUGAGACAAAUGCAGAUGGUGGCGCUGCACCCGUUGAACUAAGCAAAGCCGAUCUGGAAAUGCAAAAUCUUGUCAAGCAGCUCUCGCCAAUUGAACGCUAUGCCAUGCGCUUUGUGGAAGCCACAGGCGCUGCCUGGACAGCGGAGCAGCUGCGUGCUGCGGAAGCAGAGCUUGAGGCACAGAAGCGAGAGUGGGAGGCGAAUCGUUUGGCGGCCAUGGAAAAGGAAGAGCAGCUGCUCAAGCAGGAAACGGAAGCCGAGGAGCUGCUGACCUAUAGUCGCAAGGAUGCCAGCAAUCAGGUCUGGAUAUCGCGCAAUUGUAUGGAGGAAAUGCCGAUGUGGUGUCCUCCAACUCCGCCACAGGAUAACAAUGAUAUCUACAUUGAUCACUCGCUGUCGUUUAUAUACGAUCUGGAGCCAAUACCGGAAACGGACCUACCACCUGUCUAUGUCCGUCGGGAGCUGAAACGAUCCCGAACCGAUGCCGGCUUCGAUGGCAGUCGGAGACCCAAUAAAAUGCGACGAGAGGACAACUAUGUGCCGCCACGUUCGCUGUUUGAUCGACCGACUGCACAGUUGGCGCGUCUACGGCGUGAGCUGAAGAAUCAACGUUUCCGGGGCAGCUUUAAGCCCAAUUCAAUGAUACCGGGCUUGAAGCCACAGAUACCGCCAAAGCCGUUAACUGAACCCGAGGCAAUGAGCGAGUGGUGUGUGUUUGAGGACAUGGCCAUAUUGCAUGUCCUCAUCAAUUUGCAGGGACUGCCGUGCAGUCUUAUGCUCUUGUCGCCGGGACAGACGCCCAACUGGGAUUUGGUCUCGGAACUCGUCAACUUUUGCUCAAAAACGUAUCGUUCGGCCAGGCAGUGUCGCUGGCGUUACGAGACGCACAUCCAGCCACGUGAGGAGGGCAAAGUGGUUGAGAGUCCCAAGAAGCAAAAGAAAUUAAAGCCCAUAUUGCGCACCGAAUACAUGAAGAGUCCACUGCGCUACCUGCGAACUACACAGCUCUAUGCCAGCGAUAACAAUGCCUCGUUUUAUAAGGUGAUGCGUCAGCGCUUUGAUACCAUCAAGACGGCAUAUUUGAAGAAGGCGCCGCCGCCGAAGCGUCAGUUUAAUGCGCCCAGCUUGAUGAAUCCCAAGCAUAUGGGAGUGCUUCAGAAGUUUGGCAUUACCAAUUAUGAUCAGCCAGUGUCGCCUAGCAAUAUUGCCGAUAUGAUGAAAGCCAACAAGAUGCGUGAUAAGCAACGGGGACAAAUGCCGCCCAUGCAACAACAACAACAGCAGCAGCAGCAAUCGGUGCAGCAACAUCAGCAACCAAUGCAACAGCAACAACAACAGCAGCAACAAGUGCAACAGCAAGUACAGCAGCAGCAGCAUCAUCAGCAGCAGCAGCAACAACAACAACAGCAGCAGCAGCAGCAGCUGCAAACAGUUGCCAACGUUCAGCAAUCUGUGGAAUUGGUGCCGAGCACAACGGCAACAACAGUUACUAUGCCCGCUGGCAACACAGGACAACUGCAGCAGCUGCAGAUACAGCACUUGACCAGCGCCAAUGUGGCCCCUACACAACAAACGGCCAUAUUGCUGCAUCAGCCACAGCAACAACAGCAGCAAAUGCGCACGCAAACAACAACCCAACAGCUGGUCAAAACAAUUAUGGGCACCACUGCCAAUCUGACAGCUGGUCAACUGCAGCAGUUGGCCCAGCAAACGUCAGCCAAUGCAGGUGGCAAUGUUCAGUUGCAGACGGUGCCACAAGGCGGUCAGUCGAGUGUCAGUGUGGUGUUGACCACGCCUGUGCAAUCGCUGCCAAUUGCAACGCAUAGCAAUGUCAAUGCGACGUCAACAGCACAGAUUGUCUCGAUAUCCUCGCAGACAACGCUGCCUGUGAAUAGCGCACCACAGCUGGGUAGCAUUGUGCAGACACAAACGUUGCCGCAGGUGGUUUCUGUUGGUCCCUUGACCACCACAGCAACCAGCCAGCAACAACAGCAGCAUCAUCAACAACAACAGCAGCAGCAGCAACAACAACAGACAACAACGGGCACUGUGACCACACUGAACACGGCCAUGUUGCGGGGCCAGCGUAUUGUGUCUGCUGCUGGUGCGGGGGGCAACACGUUGCAGGAUGUGGUGUUGCAACAGCGUACAACAGCUGGCGGUCAAUCAAUUGUAUCGAUGCCCAGUCUUGGUCAGAGUGUUAGUCCGGCACAAUUCCAAGCGCAGCUACGCUUGCAAGCUGUUUCCGGCUCACCAGCGACACAGACAACUCAACUUGUCACCACCAAGGGCAUUCCAGUCAGUGCUCUCCAACAGAGUGGCAAGGCGGUGCUACCAGGUACUCAACAGCCUGCGGCGCAUAUACAACUCUAUCGUCAGCGUAAUCUCAAGGUGUUGCAGGCCACACAGGCGGCACCUGGAGGCGGAGGUGCGGGCAAUCUGAAUCCCACAGUUGUGCAAACAGCAGGCGGUGCCUUGGCCACUGGCACCAUCAUCCAAGCGAGCAAUCUCAUGCAAACGACCACACAUGUUACCAGUCAGAAGGUGGCGGUUACGGGUAUGCCCGGUGCAACUACUGUGCAGGGUGGCAAUGUGGUUAGCUCGGUGCAGAUGCACGGACAGGCUCGUACGCAGUUCAUCAAGCAAAUGGCGGCUGGUAAGCAGGGUCUACAGCGUCAGGUGCUGGCCACCGACGGCAGUGGCAGCGGGAAUAGUGGAACUGGUGCUGGCGACAUGCUGCUCGUCAAGCGGCAUAACAUUUUGGCUGCCCAGAAGGCGCAACAGGCAACAGGUCCGCUGUUUACCACCACAACCAGUGGCACUGGCGGCACACAGCAACAACAACAACAACAACAGCUGCCUGUGGCAGGCAUUGGGCAACAGCAACAACAGCAACCGCAACAAGUAACGCAACAACAAAUUGCCUCAUUGGUUAAGGCAUCCACGGCAGCAGCGGCAAGUGGCAGCAGUGUCAGUGCCGGUGGCGUCACGGUCUCAGCCACAGGUCCGCCUACAGUGCAAGGGGGCAGCGUUACUCUGCCCAUGCCACCGCAGCUGAAGCCGUGCAGCAGUCAAAUUAAGGUUGCAACGCUCAGUCAAAUGCGGCAAAUGCACCAUCAGUUGGGCGUGCCUCGUAAGAUCAGUCGCAUGACGCAGCUGGUCAGUGCAUCCGGUCAGCCAACAGCUACCAAUAUUGUAGCCACAACGACGGGGCCACAGCAGCAGACGCCAGGCGGUGUCACCGUUUCCCCGGCAGCUCAACAACAACAGCAGCAACAGCAGCAACAACAACAACAACAGAAGGCAACAGGCGGCGGUGGCAGUGUGCAGGCGCAACUUUUGCACAUACAAAACACCAAAGCACUGCCCAAUUCGGUGACUGUGCAACAAAUCCAACAGGUGAUGCGCAGCGGUCAGCAAACGGGACUGGUGCUCGGCAAGACGAGUGUCGGCCGUGUCAUACCCGUUUCGGUGGCCUCACAGGCAACUCAGCGUCAGACCAUUCAGGUGGUUUCUGCUGCUUCGGCACAGGCUCUAGCAGCUGGUAAUCUGCGUACUGGUCAAAGUAUUGCCAGCGCUCUGAAGGUGGCUUCGGGCGGUGGCCAGACGACGCAGCAGACAUUGAUUGCGGCACUGCAGCAUAAUCAGCGUCAGAAUGCCAGCCCUGUACGCCUGCAAACAACAGCCGGUGGCAAUUUGCUAGCUGUGGUGCAGCAGCAACAACAACAACAACAGCAGCAACAACACACAAGCAUGGCUGGACCUACACCUGGUUCGGCAGAGGUGAUGACCAUAACCCAGACAACAGCGCAAUUGCCAACUGUUGGCAGUCUGCAGCAGCAGCAACAACAACAGCAGCAGCAGCAACAACAACAACAACAGCCGACCACGCAACAGGUACGAACGCUGGUGAAGAAAAAGAUCAUGAUCAGAAGCGAAAAAGAAUAACAUUUAGCGAAUCGUACAAGAGCGGGCGCUCCAAGGCCCCGCAAUCGGCGUACCAUCAUUUCCUCCACAACAACCACCACCACCACCACGAACAUGACCACCUUCACAAACACCGCUACCGUCACCACCACAAGCACUACAGCAACAAACACAAUUACAAGCACCACCACAACCACCACAACAACUAAAUGCAUUGUCGCUACAAUUACAGUGGGAAACAGUUUCGAUUCAAAUGUGUGACAUAUUCCAAAUUAUUGAAAGCUCUUCUCAUUUCAAUAUCAUGCAUUAUACAAUUUGUGUCCGUCAAUCAGUCAGUCAAUCAAUCAUUUGCUUCAAUUGUACUUAAAAACCUUUUGUUUCGAUUGGUUUUUACAGCCAUGAACGGCGCUCGACUUGUGCCAGGAACAGGAUUUAAAUGAUGAUGUUGAUGUUGAUGCUGAUGUUGUGUGAAAGGCGUGGCAGCACACACACACACUCAGAAACACACACACACACACAUAUAUAUAUAUAUAAAUAUAUACAGAGGUAGCUUAAUGCUGCCGUUGUAAUUAUAUAAAUAAUAAAUAAAGUGUCUAGCUUAUAGUGGUAUUACUUAAUUAUACAGCUAAGCACUGGGAAACGCAUCGGUACAUCGUAAUGCUUAAGUUUUCCCUAGACGCACUAUGUAAAUUUGGUAACUUUUAGAUCUAUAUUAAACUAUUACUUUUAGAAUUAGAA